AAGGAGUUGAGAGAGAGAGAGAGAGAGAGAGAGAGAGCGGGUACUGCCUGACUACGCUGUAGCCCCGCUCCCCCCUAUCGACACUGUACGGAAUCCAAACCGGCCAACUUGGGGUUUCAUCUUGUUUACAAAGAUAGCUAAAAAAACACUGCUGAACGGGGAAGGCGAGCCCCAUGAGUCGGCCUCGUGGAUUGCAUCGACAUAAUGGAUCUGUCUAAAAUGGGUAUGAUACAGCUCCAGAACCCCAACCACCCCACUGCCCUGCUUCAGAAGGCCAACCAGAUGCGUCUGGCCGGGACCCUGUGUGACGUGGUCAUCAUGGUAGACAACCAGGAGUUUCACGCUCACCGGACUGUGCUAGCCUGCACAAGCAAAAUGUUUGAGAUCCUCUUCCAUCGCAGCAGUCAGCAUUACACCCUGGACUUUCUUUCUCCAAAGACCUUUCAGCAGAUUCUGGAGUAUGCUUACACUGCGACGCUCCAGGCCAAGGUGGAGGACUUGGACGAUCUUCUGUAUGCAGCAGAGAUCCUGGAGAUUGAAUACCUGGAAGAGCAAUGCCUCAAGAUCCUGGAAACCAUCCAAUCUUCAGAUGACAAUGACACAGAGGUCAACCUUAAUGACGGGAGCACAGAGGAGGAUGAUGAGCGCAAAGGCCACAAUGGAGCCAAGAACUCCAAAAAACAUUCCAUGCAGAGUCCCUAUCUGUCAGGUGCCCAGCAAGUCGCCAUCAUGACUGGUAUGGUGGAUCAGAGUCCCUCGGUCUCCACCUCCUUCGGUGUCUCCAACCUAAGUCCCACCAAAGCUGCCGUGGACAGCCUGAUGAGUAUCGGUCAGUCUCUGCUCCAGCAGGGCUUUGGGGGCGAGCAAGUUCUCCACGGCAUUUCCCACCCCUUGAUGACUGAGAUCAAGACUGAAAUGAUGCAAGUGGACAUGGGUGGCAACGGCCACGACAGCCCUCCUAACAUGGAGUCCAGCGCCUCCAGCAAUGGAGAACGAAGUGGGGAGGACAGGAACCGAGACGGUCCGGGAACACCUACCAGGAGCAGCGUAAUCACCAGUGCCCGCGAGCUACAUUACGUCCGCGAUGAAGUCAUGGGCGACCCUCAAGUUGACGUCAGCCAGAUGGGGCUGGAAGCAAUGGCUGGGAUGACGGAGAAACACCUCGCGUCGCUGUACUCCCUACCUGUCAAUCAUAAAUCCGAUGCCUUCAUGUCCAUGCCGGCAUCCAUGGCGGCAUCCAUGGCCUCUGCCCUCCCCAUGUCCCCAGCCCUGGCAAUGUCUAUGGACUUCAGUGCCUACGGGGGACUCCUGCCUCAGAGCUUCAUCCAGAGGGAAUUCUUCAGCAAGCUCGGGGAGCUGGCUGUGGGCAUGAAACCAGACGGGAGGAACCAGCACGAGCGUUGCAAUGUUUGCGGUGCAGAACUACCAGAUAACGAAGCCGUGGAGCAGCACAGGAAGAUGCACAGUGGAAUGAAGACCUACGGCUGUGAGCUGUGUGGAAAGAGCUUCCUGGACAGCCUCCGUCUACGGAUGCAUUUGCUGUCUCAUUCAGCUGGUGAGAAGGCCAUCGUGUGUGACCAGUGUGGCGCCCAGUUCCAAACGGAGGAAGCCCUGGAGUCUCAUCGGAAGAUCCACACCGGGUCCGACAUGGCCAUCUUCUGCCUGCUUUGCGGCAAGCGUUUCCAGACCCAGCCGGCGCUGCAGCAGCACAUGGAAGUCCACGCCGGCGUUCGCAGCUACAUUUGCAGCGAAUGCAACCGGACUUUCCCCAGCCACACUGCACUCAAGCGUCACCUACGCUCGCACACAGCAGGGGACCAUCCGUACGAGUGCGAGUUCUGCGGGAGCUGCUUCCGAGAUGAGAGCACGCUGAAGGGCCACAAGCGCAUCCACACCGGGGAGAAGCCCUAUGAAUGUAACGGCUGCGGGAAGAAGUUCAGCCUCAAGCACCAGCUGGAAACCCACUACCGUGUGCACACAGGUGAGAAGCCAUUUGAGUGCAAGCUUUGCCACCAGCGAUCCAGGGACUACUCGGCCAUGAUCAAGCACCUGCGCACCCACAACGGCGCCUCGCCCUACCAAUGCACCAUCUGCCUGGAUUACUGCGCCAGCCUGUCAGCCAUGCAGAAGCACAUGAAAGGCCACAAGCCCGAAGACGUCCCCUCAGACUGGCGCAUAGAGAAGACCUACCUGUACCUCUGCUAUGUCUGAGGCCCGGGAGAGUAGACGAAGAUGGAGAGGGGGAGGGUACGCGUGAGGGUGUAGGUGUGGGCGGGGUUGAGAGGUAAGGGGGAAUGUAAUUGAGCGGAUAGGAGGCUGUAGUGGAGCGUUGACCAUUUAGGAAUGUCGACGGCAAGAGGAACCCCCCUCCCCCGAAAGAGAGAGGGUUCGUUUUUUUUCUUCUGUUUUUACUUUUCAUGCAAAGGCGCCGCCGGGCCGACGCGGUUAAAGGGUGGUGAUAGUGGGACAAAAGUGCUAAGAAGAGGAGGAGGAAGACUUGGACACGGAGCGAGAGAGAGAGAGAGAUUCUCCACCAUAGUUCGGAUUCACCGGGUCAUUCACUACAUCUGCAACUGUGUUAUUGUUUCAGGUCAUUUCAUGCGGCGCCAUAGAGCGAGCGAAGCUGCAAGGAAGUGACUUUUUGGAUGCUGCCGUGAGUGAGAAAGCAGAUUCUCAAGGGCUAUCUGAACCUGCACAUGCUUGGCAUCACUCCUUUUUUUUUUUUUUUUUCUUUUUUUUUUUUGGGAGAUUUUUUGUUUCGUUUUGUUCCAUUUUUUAUAUGGUUUGUUUGCCUUCGCCCUGCUUAAUCAUACUAGUUUCAAUCACGUGAGCAAAAUCCCCCCCCCCCCCACACACCAGUCCAUCAUCCAACCAGGUUUCGAUGAACCGUUGGCUUUCAGAAGCCAAAAAUACCUUCUCCACAAACCUCGAUGCGAUGGUAGUUAUGAAGCCACAACAAAGUUAUCUCGGGGAACUGAGACAUAUUUUCCAACAGUUUCACCUCCCCAAACAACCCGGAUUAAAUAAACAUAUGCUGCAGAGUUUGAUAUAAACUGCAUUGGACGAUCAUGUUCCUUGAUACUUUCCAUCCCCGAUGGGAGAUUUAUCUGUUUUGCAACUUCCAGGCAUUUCUAGCUACGCACGUAGACACACAGGUCGUCAGGGUAACCCCGUUCGUACAUGAGAUCCUUUCCGACCCCGGCGGUGGCGGUGAGAUAGCCCCUGAGAAUCGAAACAGUUGAACUGGAUGAAUGGGAGCACAAAAAUACUGCAAACCAAGCACCCGUUUGGUUGUUAUGGAGAUGCUAGUGCUGCUUUUUUUUUUUUUUUUUUUUUUGGGGGGGGGGGGGGAGUCUUCCCCCAGUUUUCUCAGCAGUCUUCCUGGUUCUGCAUCUCGGUCAGAUGAGGGCCGGAGAACGUUGAGUCGCCGCUGGCCACCCCGCGGUUCUCGGGGUGCCGACUUGUGUCACUUUUCAAUCGUCUAUUUUUUUAGCUCUACGUCAUAGUUUAUCGUGGCUUGAUUGCACAGGUCAAACUAAUUUACGACAACGGUCUCUUGUUUGAUGUCUGCAAGCUAUAUAUAUAUUUUCCAUUAAACAAUAACUGGCUAUUACAGUAUGCCACAUUUAAACCCAGCAUAUCCACCUACUCGGCCAUAGAUAACUGGACUGCUUAUAUCGUGUACAUUUAACCAGACCUAUCAUUAUCUCAAACUAAUGAUGAACUACACAAACUGACACAGUUUUGGGGGGGGGGGGGGGCUGCUUUUUCGUGGGAGUCCCGUGACUUCGACUGCUCGUCGUGAAUGUUGAAGGAGGGCUGGGAAUGCCUUCGCUCGCGCACCUUUUUUACGUUUGGUGGGGUGGCAGGUUGAAGACCGUUAUGUGGUAUCCAAACAUGAAUGUGAAUGACUGAGUCAGCUCAGCACUCGGCUGGUGUCGAAAUGCAUCGCGGGUUAAUGCCGGUCUUUCAAUGGAAGUCAGAAACCUGUAAUUCCCACCUCGGAGGUUGUUGUUACUCUAACCCCCCCCCCAUCCAACAUUCAGAUGCAGUUCCCCAUGCAACGCGCUUUUAGCUCGCAGCUGUAAAAUUCUAUUUCACAUUUUUUUUUAAAACCAUCGGGGGGUGUUCUGGGUAAGAUUAGACAAAAAUGAUCUGACAGAAGGGUCUGGAACAUAUCACAUAAUCAAGACCGUGACGUCCUGUGAUGUUCAAAAAUUCAAACAUUUAACGUGCACUGAUAAAAGGUGGUAAAGCGGAUGGAAUUUUCUUUUUUGAGAACAUCCCCCCCAACCCCCUUCGCCCCUUUAGGGCCCCUUAUCCUGUCGUCGACAUCGCAGGUACAUUUGUUUAAAUGGCGCCUAAAAUUCCUAAAACAUUGACAUUGACUGCAUCUUGAUUAUUUUUUUAUUUUUUUUGUUGUUCGAGAAGAAGGUGGGAAUUUCUGACGCCUCUGAAACGCAUCAUUAGACCUAAAUGACUGACGCCGCCGCAGGUAUUAUGGUUGAACCCACGGCUUUAAUGUCACAGCGUUGCCGUGGGUGAUCACCCAUCCAAAUAGCCAGUGGGGGGAAAAAAGAGGGGAAAAUCACUGAUGGGACAAGACACUGCCCAGCAGCUUAGGGGGGGGAGGGGGGCGACCAGUAAGACGACAGAAUGAAUCGACUCUUUCUCUGUGGUUUUGUCCCUGCGUUUCGUCUCUCGCUCGUCUCUCUGUCGUCGUCGUUGUUGUUGUUGUCGUCGUCGUCGUCGUCGUCGUUGUUGCCGUCGUUGCUGUUGUUGCCGUUCUUGCUGUUGUUACUAUUGACCUUGAGUUUGAUCUCAACGCAUCGUACUUGAAUUACUUCGUUUUGUGACCUCAUGUUGCUCGUGUGUGUAUUUUAAUUUUUCCCUUUUGUUGGGGGUGGGGUUUCAUUGGCACACCUUCUGUGUGUGUGUGUGUGUGUGUGUGUGUGCGCGCGCGCGCGCGCGUGUGUGUGUGUUCAUGAGUGUGCGUCGAAAAAAGGAUGCAUUGCACGAUGUGAUGAAGCAAUGUGUACGCAGAGAAAUUAAGUGCCGCGGUGAAGAGAUUUAGUUUUUGUCAUGUUGUGUAUUUCUUUGUGCAUUACUUGUUACCAAACUUGGUAUUAUUAACCCCGCUUGUUAAAGAGACGGAAGGUUUGGUCGGUCGUUAUAAAAGCUACCUCUAAGUUUUGUUUUUCUUUUUUUGGGGGGGGGGGCAAAAGCACAUUUUUAUUUUUGUGUUUUGCAUUAUUUUAUCAUUGCUACUUCAUCUCAUGCUUCUUUCUUUUCUUCAAAAGUUGAUUUACGAUUGUCUGUGUGUAUAAAAGCAUAAGAGAUAACACAAGUAGAGGUUGAUAGGAUUUGGAAAGUAAUUCAAAUGGAUUUUUUUCAUUCUCCUCUUAUACUCCCCCCCCCCCUCCUCCUGCACCUCCAACAACAGAAGAGCAGAGAAAGAAAAAAAACAAACAAUUUUGAAGCCUUAAGUGAUGAGGGAUGCGCGGCAGAUGAGAGGAAGUACUAUUGCUGUCAAGAGGGUUUAAAAACAAGAAUUAAAACUUGAAAAUAUGUGAAUAGAAGUGUAGUUUUGUAAUGUGAAAAAAUUUAAAAAAAGAAGGUUCAUCAUCAAAAAAAGAAAAAGGAAAAACACUGAACCGCCCAGGACAGGUCAUAUGUGCAGUGAUGCAGAAGUGCGUUGGACAAUUGGAACUGCAAGUGGUAAUCAAAAAAAAAAAAAAAAAAAAAGAAAA